ACUACUUUGUUUUUUGGAUAAAGUCUAUACAUACCUACUGUGGUCCUGACUACGAAAAAGAUACAAAACCCAUAGUUCUUAUUGUGGCCACUCAUUGGGAAGAAGGAAACAGACAAUUCAAGGAUGAAGUGGAACUGGUUGAGCGCUUACGAUUUCAGUUUCCGAAGACGUCUAAUUUAUCACAGUACAUCAGAGAUGAUAACGUGUAUUGUGUAGGUUUUACUUUACCACUCCAUGAUCUGGAAACACGCUUUUUUAACAUAGCCUCAAAUCAACGAUGGAGAGAAAGCAUUCCAAAAGAAUGGUCUUUCUUUGGAUUAGAAAUCAGCCAGAAAAAACACUCAGAGCGGAUCUUGAAAAUUUCAGAAAUAAAAACAGAUGUACCAGAGAUUACUGCUAAAGAACAGGAGGAUUCAGAUAAAACCGAAAAUGGAACACAAGAUAUGUUGCGAUACUACCAUGAUGCUGGAAAAGCCAUAUAUUUAAAUGAAAAUGGCCUCAAUGAGGAAGUGAUUAUUGACGUUCAAUGGUUUAUUGACGCCUUUAAAUAUAUCAUCACAGAUAAGCUUCAUUUCAAAGGUAUUCCUGUAUCACAAAGCGACUGGGAUGAAUAUUACGAGACUGGAAAUUUGCGAGACCAGCUUCUGGUAGAGAUUUGGAAACAUAAAGAUGAAGAGUUGUUUGAAAAGCUUAGGGAAAAAGACAAAAUCUACCACAUUAGACUUGGAUCGUAUGAGAAAGAAAAAAGAUAUCUGCAAUGUCACAAGAAAUUACUUCUUGGUUUUAUGCAAAGACUUGGUUUACUGGCUCUUGGUACAAAUUCGCACUAUAUUCCAUGUAUGAACAGGAAAGGAGUGGAGUGUAAUCUUUCCAAUCUGAUUUACAAUUCACACAGUAAAUCGUCAGUCCUUAUUUAUAAAUUUGACUUUUUGCCAUUUUUCUUGUUUUAUCGCCUUAUUGUCGCUUGUAUGCAAGAAGAUAGUUGGAGUGUUCUACAAAAUAAUGGUAUAUCUUGCCUCUACAGAAACGCCGCUUUGUUUUCGAGUAUGGAAACCACUUUCCUUUUAUCCGUCACAGAAGAGUCUAUACAGCUUCAAGUAUUCUGUCUGAUGCCAGGAUGUGUUUUGGAAAGGGUAAAAACGUGCAAGAUUCAAGAAAGAAUUGAAGACCUGUUAAAUAAUUUAGCGGGAACAUUUCAUAGAAAAAUACAGUUUGUAAGAGGCUUCCGAUGUCGAAUAGAUGAAGAAAAAAUGAUUGCUGUUGAUAUCGAAGGACAUUUCUUACCAGAAAAAUAUUACAUUCCAAAAGAAGACUGUAAAAUGUUGUGCCCUUUACAUACGAUUUCAGAUCAGCAUGUCAUUGAUACAGCUGAAUUUACUAGAUAUUGGAAAAUGGCAAGAAAUGCCAAACCUUAA